AUGGUUGCCUUAGAAAGAAAGCGCAAGACAGAAGAGUAUUCUGCAAAUGGAUCACACAAGAGGCUGAAGUCCUUUGCCACUUCCUCCUUUGUAUUACAUUCCUACUCAAAACUACCUGACAUUAAUGCGAUGCCAUCGACCAAAACGAAAGGACUUGAUAUAUUUGUUUGGGGAACGGGAUCAAUGUGUGAGUUGGGUUUGGGACCUUCAGCCAGUACCAAAGAAGUCAAAAGACCAAGAUUAAAUCCUUACUUAACGGAGGAGAAAUUGGGCAACACAAAAAUUGUUGACUUUGCUGCCGGGGGUAUGCACACUUUGGCUCUUGAUGGGAAAAAUCGUGUUUGGUCCUGGGGAAACAAUGACAGUGGUGUUUUGGGUAGGGAUACCUCCAAUUCCAAGGAGGUUUUGAAGGAUGUCGAUGCAGCUGAAAGUGAUGACGAGGACGGCGAUUUGAACGAAGCAGAAGCUACUCCCAGUUUGAUCCAAAACUGGGAUCUUAAAGAUGAAAUUGUUCAAUUGGUUGCCACAGAUAACUUGAGUGCUGCUUUGUUAUCAAAUGGGGAUGUUUAUGCUUGGGGCUGUUUCCGAUGCAACGAAGGUUUAUUAGGCUUUUUGCGAGAUGAAAUCCAAAUACAAAGAACUCCGUUGAAAAUUUCGGAACUCAAAAAUAUCGUUCAAUUAGCUGGCGGAAAAGACCAUAUACUAGCAUUAGAUUCAAAAGGAAUUGUGUUUGCGUGGGGAAAUGGACAGCAAUAUCAAUUGGGCCGUAGAAUCUUGGAGAGGCAUCGUUUAAGAAGCUUAGAGCCGCAACAAUUCGGACUUUAUAACAUCAAGUACGUUGCUAGUGGUGAUUAUCAUUGUUUUGCGAUUGACCACAAUGACCAGGUAUAUGCCUGGGGAUUAAAUCAAUUUGGACAAUGCGCUCUUACUGGUUCAAAUGGCGAAUUAGAAGACGGCUCAGUCUUGAUGAAACCCACCUUAAUUCCAGGUUUGUGCAAUUUAGGCAUUAAACAAAUUGCUGCCGGGGAGCACCAUACACUUGCUCUCACUGGCGAUGGAAAAGUUCUAGCAUGGGGAAGGUACGAUAUGAAGGAAGUAGGUAUUCCAGAGGAAGAACUCCCAAAAUCAACAUUCAAGGAUCAACAUGGCAAGCCCAGGUCUGUUCCAACACCCACACAACUCAAAUUUGGAAAUGAUCUCGGCAUGAAAAUCAGGACCAUCGGGGUGGGCUCUCAUCAUUCUUUUGCUGUAACUGAGGACGGCUUUGUUUAUUCAUGGGGAUUUUCUGAAACUUAUGCCCCUGGUCUAGGCAAUUUGGAUGAUGAUGUAGAGAAACCAACGAGAAUAGUGAAUACCGCCACCAAGAAUGAAGAUAUUUUGAUGAUCGGGGCUGGUGGUCAAUUCUCCAUUAGUGGUGGAAUCAAAAUAGAGGACGAAGAAGCAGCCGAGGACAGAUUAGAAAAAUACGAAGAUAUUGAUGGAUAG